AUGUCACAGCAAAGGACGUCUGCGGCUGCCGCCCCCAUGAACACCUUCGGAAUGCCUCAGUCGGGAGGCCCAAUGAUUCCCCCACAACAGCAGCAGCAGCAGCAACCUACUGGACCGGUCUCGUGUUCGUUCGACACGGGCCACACGGGCUCGAUACAUGACGCUCAGUUGGACUACUAUGGCAAGCGUUUGGCCACGGCUUCGGGAGACUCGACUGUUCGAGUCUGGGAUGUCAGUACUGAGCAACAGGCGCUGCUCGGCGAGCUCCGUGGACACAGCUCACCCGUGUGGCAGGUGUCCUGGGCUCAUCCCAAAUACGGAAGUGUUCUCGCCAGUGUUGGGUAUGACAGACAGAUAAUCAUUUGGAGGGAGAGAGUAGCUGGAGGGUAUCAUCAGCAUCAGCAGACGACUACUUGGGAGCAGCUGUACUGCGAUAAGUCUCACACGGCAUCAGUGAAUACGUGCGCUUUCGCUCCGUGGGAGUACGGCUUGGUUCUGGCUGCUGGCUCGAGCGAUGGCAGUAUCUCGGUCCUCACUCACGAACAGAUGUCCACGUGGAGUCGCAAAGCCAUCCCAAGAGCCCAUUUGGGAGGUGUGCUGGCGCUAUCCUGGAGCCCUGCUACUACUCCGUCCACUUUGGCCUCGGGACCUGCGGUUCAGCAGCAGCCUUCGAACGAGGAGCAAGCGGGCCCUAGACGGAUCGUCUCUGGGGGGAACGACAACCAGGUGCGAAUCUGGCGUAUGGACGAGGCGACGGGGGAGUGGAGUAUGGAAACUGAGUUGCCCUCGGGCAGGCACACUGACGUUGUCCGCGAUGUCGCUUGGAGACCGAAUGCGGGCAUUCCUACCCAACAUAUCGCGUCAUGUUCGGAAGAUGGCAGUGUUGUGAUUUGGCAGUGUGAUAUGGAAGGGCAAGGCUGGAAGGUCGCACAGGAGUUCCACAUGAAAUCAGCUGCUUAUAGGCUCAGCUGGAGCAUCACUGGAACGGUGCUUGCUGUUGCUUUGGCCGACAACACAGUUGAGCUCAUCAAGGAAAAUUUCGAUGGACAGUUCGUGCAUCUGAGUGGGGUCGACGAGCAGGGUGUUCCAGAGGAUAGCAACGGUUCAGCUGGGAAUGGUAUGAUCGGCGCAUAUGGUCCGGAUGCUCAUCAGGAUCCUCACAAUGUCGCGGCAGCUAUACUGGGGUCGGCGUGA